GAAAGAGCGAAGGUGACAUUCAUUGUAACUUUACUGAAUAACUAAAUAGCAGCCAUGUUAGUGGUUCCAACAUUGUACAUACGUUGCUGAAUGUUACCUAUCUACGGCUGCCAUGUUCCCGUUUUUACUUGAGUUCAAUUAUUCUCCUGCUCCUCCUUCUUCUUUCUCUAGACCUGGAUGGGGUUAUGAUGUGUUUCUAAGUUUUAGAGGUGAAGACACUCGCAAGAAUUUUACGGAUCAUCUUUACACUGCUUUACUCCAAGCAGGAAUCCGUACAUUUCGAGAUGAUGACGAACUUCUUAGAGGAGAAAAAAUCUCCUCACAACUCCCCAAAGCAAUUCAAGAAUCCAAGGUUUCUAUAGUGGUUUUCUCUAAGGGCUAUGCUUCCUCCACUUGGUGUCUUGAUGAACUUGAAGAAAUUCUUGAUUGCAGACAUACAACUGGCCAGAUUGUUCUACCAGUUUUCUAUGAUAUCGGUCCUUCUGAUAUUAGAAAACAGACGGGAAGCUUUGCUGAAGCCUUUGAUAGACAUGAGGAACGUUUUAAGGAAGAAAUGGAGAAGGUCCAAAAGUGGAGAAAAGCUCUUGUGGAGGCUGCAAAUUUAUCUGGGUUGGAUCUUCACAGUGUUGCAAAUGGGCAUGAAUCAAAAUUCGUUCAAAAGAUUGUCCAAGAAGUUUCAAGUAAAUUGAAUCCCAGAUACAUGAAUGUUGCCACAUAUCCGGUAGGUAUUGAUUCUCAAGUCAAAGAUAUCAUUGCCAUGUUAAGUGUUGGUACAAAUGAAGUUCGAACUGUGGGAAUCUAUGGGAUGCCAGGAAUAGGCAAGACAGCCAUAGCAAAAGCUGUUUUUAACCAGCUUUGUCAUAAAUUUGAAGGAAGUUGUUUCCUUUUGAAUAUCAGAAAAAGCUCAGAUCAACACAACGGUCUAGUUCAAUUACAGGAACAGCUUCUUUUUGAUUCUUUAACGGGAAAGAUUUGGUUUGCUGAUGUUGAUGCAGGAAUCAAUGGCAUCAAAAGCCAAUUUUGUCGUAAAAGGGUACUUGUUAUUCUUGACGACUUUGAUCAAUCGGAACAAAUACAUGCGUUGGUAGGAGAGCGAGGCUGGUUUGGUCCUGGAAGUAGAAUAGUAAUUACAACUAGAGAUGAACAUUUACUCACACAACUUGAAGUGGUAAAAAAAUAUCCCGCUAAAGAAUUGAACCAUGAAGAGUCUCUUCAACUUUUCAGUUGGCAUGCCUUUAGGGAGCCCCAUCCAGUGACAGAAUAUGUUGAGCUGUCUAAAGUUUUAGUUGAUUAUGUUGGUGGAGUUCCAUUGGCUCUUGAAGUCGUAGGUUCUUACUUGUUUAGAAGAAGCAUCCCUCAGUGGACAAGUGCUAUAGAGAAAUUGAAAAAAAUUCCUCACCACCAGAUUCAGAGGCAACUUAAAACAAGUUUUGAUGAUUUGGAUGGUGACAAACUGAAGGAUAUGUUCCUUGAUAUUGCGUGUUUCUUCAUCGGUAUGGAUAAAGAUUAUGUGGGAAAAAUACUCGAUGGUCGUGGUUUUUAUCCAGAAAUAGAUAUUAAUAUUCUCAGGGAAAGAUCCCUUUUAACAGUCAACAGUGAGAAUAAGUUACAGAUGCAUAAUCUCUUACGAGACAUGGGAAGGGAGAUCAUUCGUCAAAUGGAUCCAAAUCCUGGAAAGCGUAGCAGACUUUGGCUUCACGAAGAUGUAAUGGAAGUGCUAGGAAAGUGUUCGGGAACAGAAGUAGUGGAGGGUAUCAUGCUAGACGCUCAAGCGUCAAAAGAUGCAUUUCUAAGCACUACAUCAUUUGCUCCAACGACAUCUCAAGCAUCAAAAGAUGUAGUUGUAAGCACAACAUCAUUUGCACGAAUGACGUCUUUACAGUUGCUCCAAUUCAGUGGAGGACAACUCCGCGGACACUGCGAACAUGUUUCCGAGGCAUUGAUAUGGCUUUGCUGGCAUAAAUGCUCUAUGCGAACUUUACCACACAAAUUUCAACUUGACAGCCUAGUUGUUCUUGACAUGCAGCACAGCGAAAUCAGAGAGCUCUGGAAGGAGACCAAGUGUCUAAACAAUCUGAAAGUCCUCGAUCUCAGCCAUUCUAUGUUCUUCGUUAAAACACCGAACUUCUCUGGACUCCCUAGUUUGGAGACACUAAUUCUAGAAAAUUGCAAAAGAUUAGCUGAUAUUCACCAAUCUAUUGGCGAAUUGAAAAAACUUGUUUUCUUGAAUUUAAAGGGAUGUAGCAGCCUAAAGAAUCUUCCAGAAAGCUUGCCUUCCACUCUUGAAACUCUGAACACCACGGGCUGCAUCAGUCUUGAGAAAUUUCCAGAGAACUUAGGUAAUAUGCAAGGCUUAAUUGAAGUUCAAGCAAAUGAAACUGAAGUUCAUCAUCUACCUUCUUCCAUUGGAAAUUUGAAGAAGCUCAAAAAGUUAUUUGUGUGUGGCUCUGGUUAUGUUCUUGAGUCAGCCAUGAGCUCAGAAAAGAUUGUCCUCAAGCAACAACCUUUCCUGCCACUAUCCUUCUCUGGUUUAAGCUCUUUGACAACGCUCCAUGUUAGUAAUCGCCAUUUAUCUAACAGUAAUACUUCCAUCAAUCUUGGGAGUUUAUCGUCUCUUCAGGAUCUGAAACUGGCCAGCAACGAUUUCUCUGAAUUGCCUGCCGGCAUUGGCCACCUCCCAAAGCUAGAGAAAUUGGACCUGUCAGCCUGUAGAAAUCUUCUAUUUAUCUCAGAGAUCCCCUCGAGUUUAAGAACUUUGGUGGCACUUGAUUGCAUAUCACUGGAAAAGGUGUCAAUUCAGUCAAAGACAGCGCCGGAUCUGUUACUGAGUCGCUGUGGAAAACUAGCUGAGAUUCAAGGCUUGGAGAGUGUAGAAAACAAACCAGUCAUUCGCAUGGAAAACUGUAACAAUUUGUCAAACAAUUUUAAGGAGAUUCUUCUUCAGGUUUUGUCCAAGGGAAAGCUUCCAGACAUUGUUCUCCCGGGUAGCGAUGUACCGCAUUGGUUUAUCCAAUAUCAAAGAGAUAGAUCUUCCUCAACAUUUCGUAUACCAGCCAUUUCAGUUGGUUUAAUUCAAGGACUAAUUGUUUGGACUGUCUAUGCAGACACUGGUAAAGACAAGUUGUCCAGUUUUUCUUCUCUUUGUUCUGCUUCUAUCAGAAAAAAGAACGAUAAUACUGAAUUGUUUUAUACACGACCAUACUUUGGCAUUUCUUCAAAAGAUGAAGAUCAUUCUUGGGUGAUCUAUAUCCCAUUUAGCAGGAUUCAAGGUACAAUUGAAGGUGGAGACGAAUUGGAAGUGUCUGUCAAACCUGGCAAUGGUACUACUGUAAGGAAGUGUGGCGCGCAUCUAAUUUUUUGAGUAAGCCAGAUGUAAUGCAUAUCUGAGGAACUGUACUGCUCAUAUGAAGAUUUGGAUUAAGCUAGAGUUUGAAGAUUUGGUUUUGA